AUGGCAUCACAGAUUUCUCAUCUGGGACCUUGGCACAGCUUAGCCGGCAAAGUUGUCCUCGUCACCGGAGCUUCCGCCGGUAUCGGCCGUGAUCUCUGUCUCGAUCUUGCUCAAGCUGGCUGUCGUGUCGUCGUGGCAGCUCGUCGUGUAGACCGCCUCCAGUCCGUCUGUGAUGAAAUCAAUGGACAGUUACUGUCACAGCAAUCGGGAAACCUCCGUGCAGUUGCGGUGGAGCUUGAUGUCUCAGCCGACGGUGCCGCCAUAGAGAAGUAUGUGGAGAAGGCGUGGGAAGCUUUUGGACAUAUCGAUGCAUUGAUUAAUAAUGCCGGUAUCAGAGGAAAUGUGAAUUCACCCUUGGAAUUGUCCGAAGAAGAAUGGAACAAUGUGUUCAAAACAAACAUAACAGGUACAUGGUUGGUGUCAAAAUACGUAUGCAAACUCAUGCGUGAUUCAAACAGAAAAGGAUCAAUCAUCAAUAUCUCUUCAAUCGCUGGCUUAGAAAGGGGGCAAUUACCGGGAGGUACUGCAUAUGCUUGUUCAAAAGCAGGUGUCAACAUGCUAACAAAGGUGAUGGCAUUGGAAUUGGGGGCAUAUAAAAUAAGAGUGAAUUCAAUAUCACCUGGACUUUUCAAAUCCGAAAUCACUGAAGGUCUGAUGAAGAAAGAUUGGUUAAACAAUGUGGCCAAAAAAACAGUACCAUUGAAAGAUUAUGGCACCUCAAAUCCAGCAUUAACUUCAGCUGUUCGGUACUUAAUUCACGAUUCUUCUGAAUAUGUGACCGGGAACAUUUUUAUUGUUGAUGCUGGUGUUACCUUACCUGGCUUGCCUAUUUUUUCAUCACUAUGA